UAGAAGAUCCAAGACAAUAUUUUAGGAGGCUUACAUUGUGCAUGGCCUUGGUUGAGGUAUUGGGCAACCUCGUCCUUGUGUAUUGCAGUGCUCCUCAGUGGGUUCCUAACUUAUUGUUCGUUCCAAGAAGCUAUCCAUCCGCCAGGGCACUUUCGCCAAGUGUCAAAUCUCGAACUUAUUCCGAUAUUCCCACGUUCUACAAGCCAUUUUGCCUCGACCAAAGAUCCUUCAUCGACAUACCGACAUACCGAUCCUACGGUUCCCACGGUUCCCACCCACUUGACUGUUACUCUGCAAGCCCCAGGCGAUUUACCUCGGGGCAAUCACACCAGAAAAUGCAUUUCGCAUACCCUCCUCGCAAAAACUCGACUCCUCCGAGCUUUGUCCCGCACUCGACAAAAUGGGCCGCUCUGAGGAGGAGGCGCAUGAAGGUGCUUGCCCUUGCCGGGCUCGCCUUUGUCACCUUCCUAUACCUCAUUAUACGGCCUGGUAGAGGCCAUGCUGCACGAAAGGAGUACGUGCCUUCAGGAAAGCCACCCGCUGUGCUGGUGACGGUGCUCGACCAAUCCCACUACAGUAAAGCGUAUCUCGACGAGAUAAAGGAGAAUAGGAUACAGUAUGCCGCAAAGCACGGUUACGAGACCUUCUUCCCAAAGAUCGGCGACUACGACCUCAAGGGCUCGCCCUUCUCGUGGACCAAAGUGGUGGCUAUGCGAGACACAAUAACCAGGUUCCCGGACUGCUCAUACAUUUGGUUCCUGGAUCAGAACUCGUUCAUCAUGAACCCGCAGCUUACGGUGGAGGAACAUGUGAUGAAGGCGUCGCGGUUGGAGUCAUUGAUGAUUAAGGACCAGCCAAUUGUCCCACCAGACAGCAUCAUCCGGACCUUUACUCAUCUCAAGGGCCAAGAUGUGGAUUUUGUCCUCACACAGGAUACUGAAGGCCUGUCGGCCGGCAGUUUCCUGGUACGGAAUGGCGAGUGGGCUAGGUUCUUCCUCGAGACAUGGUUUGACCCCAUCUACCGGAGCUACAACUUCCAGAAGGCUGAGGCACACGCCUUGGAACACAUCGUCCAAUGGCACCCGACUAUAUUGUCAAAGCUUGCCCUCGUACCACAGGGCACCAUCAAUUCCUACAACAAGCCUGGCUUUGGACAUGAAUACAAGCCUGGUGACUUUGCCGUGCGCUUUCAUGACUGUGGCAAGACCAGCACCAAGGUCUGUGAGACUGAAGCAGAGCGAUUCACACAACAAUGGCGGUCGGCAUUCAGCGAGUCCUGACAAGCGGGAGCGGUUUAAUCUGUGCAUCAGGAACUGGGAAAUCAUUUAGAGGGCGUUCCAUAAGGGCUUUAACUGGAAGAGUUAAGUACCGGCGUUCUGGCUCUGUUUUCAUGUGGGAGAUCCCAAUCCGUGGAUCGGAGAGGUGGGGCAAAUGGGGGAUCUAAUUCCGCUUCUCGUUCAUACGUAUACGCAUUAGGUAGCUAGGAGGUGGUGGCCACGGUGCCUCCAUUUUAUAUUUCAGGCCC